UCAAAAUCCAUCCAAAUACGAAAAUUUGAAUAACAGUUUUUCGGUAACGUGCAGCGCUUGCAAUUGUUAUUAACGUUUCAUCCGUCGAAGCCGAUAGUCGACUCAUGGAGACGAUCACUCUCGCUCAGUGUGAGUGAACACGCGAACCGCUUUCCAAGCAAUUUCAAAUUGAAUUCAAUUGUAAUUUCAAAACGACUAAUAGAUACUUUUUUUUUUGAAAGGUGAACAAAGACACAAAAUAACAAAUAAAAAUACACGGCCGGAUGUGCAGUGGCAUUACAAAAGCAAUAACAACAUCAUCAACAACAACAAAAAAAAUCUCAGUGGAUUCUGUUGAUAUUCGUAAAAAGCGAGAAUUUUCAGAGUUGUUUUUUUCCCAAAGAAUUGGAAUAUUCGGCUGCGGCAAACAGGAAAACAAUUCAAAUCCUUUGUUUUUCAUUUACAUACAUGAAGUCGAAAGUUCAAUACAAAAACAUACACAAACACCGUGAUUUUUUCUUAUUCGAUUUAUUUUUGCUUUUUCAAUCUCGUUGAAUGCAUCACGUAACGUAUUCAAUUUGCUUUUGGUGAAUUUCAUUUAUGCAAAUUCGAAACGGGUCCGAGUCGAUAAAUUUGAUGUGCUGUUCUAUCUCAUUUGGCCAAAGCACUCUAUACUCACGAUUCACUGCUGGACCAAUAAAACCGUGUUAUUUUGUAUGGAAAAUCGAGCGUGAAAAACUUUUCGAGGAAACAGAAUCACAAAUGAGCGCAUCACGUAUCAGCUGUAUUCAUCAUUGCAAAUAAAUCAAGUGUCAACUGAAUAGAAUUUAAUACAAGCGAAAAAGGAAAAAAAAGAGCAACACACCGAACAAGAAGAGAAAAAAACCUAGUAAAAGAGAAACGAGAACAAGGAUAACGAAGAAUAGUGUGACGUAGCUCAUUUGCCAGAAAGUGAUCCUUUUGCCUUCAAGCUCUCUCUGCACUGCAUCUUUUGCAUUGGAACAACGUGAUCCUUUCGUGUAUCAUUCAACACUUUAAAUCUUCGUUUUCCUUCAUCAUUCUUGGCUUUUGGCUGAAUUGAUGUUGGCUUAUUUCUUCGCGUUCGUCGGUUUUCAAAACUUGAAAAUUUCUUCAUCGUAGUUGUUAUUGUGUGCUGCCGCCGCUGCCAUCGCCGUUCUUGUCGUCAGUUCGGUCCGUGUCAUUCAGUGCAUUGUGCGAUUUUAAAGAGAAACCCAAAAAAGCGUGCGGUAUUUGUGUUUUAGUGAAAACUCUCUCGGUCUUUGUGCGGCUUGUACAAAAUUCCAAAGUGUGCAACCGUCAGUUGAGUGCAAGUGUUGCGAACAUCGCUCUUAUUUAUGUGUUUUAUUGUGUGUUUUUGAUGACAAAUUUUUCCAUGCCAUUGUGAAAAAAAAACAGACGAAGCAAAUAUAAAAAAACACUCCGGUGUAUGUAUGUGUGUGUGAGCGCGGGCUCACUUGUUACAAUUGUUCGGGCGCGUAUUUUUUUCUGCAUUUAGAGCCGUUUUUCUAUUUUAUUUACCAUUUUAAAUCUUUGCUCGCUCAUUUGUUACCCCCCAUUUCAACCAUUAUUCGUCUCUCUCUUCCGCACUUUGUCGUCAUCGCAAAACUUGUCGCGAUUGUUUUUUGUAGUGUCGUUUUCAACCGCAAACAAUAAUAAUUAUGAGGAAGUUGUUUGUUUAUUUGAUUUAUGUGUUUGCGUUAAAAUUCUGUGAAACUCUGCCACCAGAUAUGAUGACAGCAGCUGAUCCGAAUUUCGUUUCACCAAUUGCGAAUGUUACAGUUCCGGUUGGAAGAGAAGCCGUUCUAACUUGCAUCGUUCAUGACCUAUAUACAUACAAGGUGGCAUUUUUGAGGGUCGACACUCAAACGAUUUUGACUAUUCAAAAUAACACGAUCACAAAAAAUCAUCGAAUCGGCAUAACGCACACCGAAAAUCGAAUGUGGCAAUUGCGGAUACGCGAUGUUAAAGAAUCAGAUCAAGGAUGGUAUAUGUGCCAGAUCAACACGGAUCCGAUGAAAUCGGCGUUGGGCUAUUUGGCGGUUGUGGUGCCACCGGAUAUCAUCGAUUAUGACACAAGUCACGACAUGACUGUCGAUGAAGGCCAAAACGUGACUUUGCACUGCGAAGCAGUGGGAUUGCCUGAGCCUACCAUUGAAUGGAGACGCGAAAGCAAAAAACCAUUGAUGUCGAUCGGAAGCGAAGAAAUUUUUACAAUCAAAGGAUCAACAUUAAUGCUACGACAUGCGAAUCGACAUAUGAAUGGCGCUUUUCUUUGCAUUGCUUCGAAUGGCGUGCCACCAACCGUAUCCAAACGAAUUAUGCUUGCCGUCAAUUUUGCACCGACGAUUGUUGCACGACAAGAAAAGGUUCAUGCUUCAAUUGGUCAAAAGGUUGUUUUGGAAUGCAUUAGCGAAUCGCAUCCCAAUUCCUUCAAUUAUUGGCUGGAUCCAAGUGGCAAGAAAAUUAUACAAGGAAGCAUAUAUGAAUCGAUGACGAUUGAUUGCGUAUUCAGAAACACGAUGAAACUUGUCGUACGACUGUACGACAUUGAUGACUUUGGUGCUUACAAAUGUAUCGCAAAUAAUACAUACGGAGAAUCCGAGAAAGUUAUUCAUAUUCAUCAUUUCGACAGACGUGAUGCACGAAAAUCUGUGCUAGUAAAUCAAGUGGAAAGUACUGAGUUCUUUAAUAGCGAAUUCUUGGACUCUCAAUAUUAUGAGCCCGGCGGUUCUGCGAUAACGCCGUCAAUAUCAUAUAUGUGCAUUGCAUUACUCCUUUCAAUGUUGCUAUCUUCAUCAUGACUGCAUUUUUCGUCACUCAUCACUAGAAUUUGAGGCAAAUAUUUUAUCGCUGCAUCGCAUCGCUUAUCUGAAUGUAACGUAGCCAAUAAGUAAUAAAGUAAUAAAUGAGUGUAAAUCGCUCGACUAAAAUACAUUAGAAAA